AUGGCUGACGAUUCGGUCCAAGCCACACCACCACCUGCCAAGAGCAAAGCGCAGAUUCUCAACGACGUCUUCUCGCUGGCAACCCAGUUCAGCACCUGUGUCGAAGCCUUCAAUCUGAUCCAUCCGUCCAAAGACAACGACCAUGCCCAAAAGGUGGCCCUCGCUAAGCUUGGCCUCCAACAGGGCCGGCUGCUCAUCUUUGGCGAUGCCGUCGGUAUAUCAGCCCCGCCAGCAACAAUUGCAAGGCAUAUGGUCCCAUCCCACCCUGGCCUAACCAACCCUGACCCGCAUCUGCCCGUAAAUUUCAGUGUGCGAGAUUCCAGACUCGAUGAUGAGGAGACCAACGACAAGAUACGUAACGCGCUCAACGAAAUCUCAGGCCGUCCCGGGAAUCUGUCACGAGAUGAGUUGAUGGAAAAGUACGGAUUGAAGAGCCCCAAACACUUUUCGAGGCUUGAAUAUCCUGCUCUGGACACCAACCGACUGGAGGGUUUUCGAGAAAAGUACGCCUUGUUGCAAGACCUCGUCCGACAAACCGGCGCAAGGGCGAGCAUCAAGCGUAACAUGAGUAUGACCACCAACCACUGGACCGUCAAGAAUUGCGAUCGCUUCAACGAAUUUGUCAAGACCGUGCGCUUAGAGGUGGAUGCUCUCGUCGAGCUCAUGGGCGUCAAAGAACAGGUCGACCGCGGAACGCGUUCCGACAUUAGGUGCAUGGCCUGGCACCCCGACCUGACAGGGCCUGUUGUGCAACAGGACUGGGAAAAGUUGCGCCUCAUCCGGGAGGCCUGUGAAAUUGACUAUCCAGAGUAUGUCGAGGUUGUCGACGCCGCCCUCCAGUACAUACACGAAGAACUCAAGGAGACUAGUCUUGCAAAGCGUCGUGCUAGCUACAACCUUGCCGUUCCCUCCACCGCAGCUGCUGGUGCCCGACGCAAGUCUGAUUACGAUAUCCGUACAGCUCCAGUGGAGACACCAACACCUGUGACAGCCCAACCCAAAAUAACCGAGAAAACGCAUUUACAGCUCUCUGCCGAACGUGCUUUGAACCCAAACGCAGGGAAAGAGAAGCGCCCUGGCUGGCUUUCGGCUUUCAAGUUCAAGUCGUGGUCCAAGAGCCACAAACAGGAUCGGCAACGUUCGCACAGUGUUCCAGACGCAAGCGGCGUCGACCCACAACGCUCCCUGUCGGAGACAGAAGCUGGGGCACCUCAACGCAUAUCUGAAGACUCAAAUGCUCUAGAACCAGUGCGUUCAAAAUCACUCAGUGCGAUACCAGACGCACCUGCACUUGAUCUGGACACGAGAAUGCGAAAUUUAUCGCUGGACGAGGGGACGAACAUGGAGACAAUUGCUGAAGACGGAGUUCUUGCGUCCAGUGCUACAUCAAAUCGCUUAUCUUUGGACAAGAAUGCGCUCGUUCAAACGCAGACUAUGAGUAGCGAGGGUAGUACAGAGGCCAAUGGCCUUUGCGGCGCCACAACGGUGAACAGUCUCAUUGAUCGCCAUGACAUGUUUCAGGGCAUUGGCAGAAUCGAGACAAAAGAUAUCAGGCAAAAGGCGCACGAGGUCUGAACAACUGUGAUAUUGGUUUCUUGAUGAUAUGCUUCGAGUGUUUAUAAUUCAUUAAUAUACCACGGUUAGCGCGAUUGGCUUGG